UUGCAAUUCUAAUCAUACCAGUAAAGAUCUUCAGUUUUAGCACAACAAUUCCUCAUCCUACGCUGAACAAACGAUAUAGAUACAUCGACAAGUUUCGCAACCAUGAAACGUUCCGGAAUUCAAAAGCUCGUCAUUCCAGCAUUGGUGGCCCUGUUAGCUGUAACGGUGGCAGGAUUGGAUGACAACUUAGCGGAAGAAACCAAAAUGAUGGCCCUGUCAGUCGAGCACAGAAUGGAUAUGGAGGGUCCGGAGGCGAGGGAUGGCCACGGUCAUCACCACCACGGACAUCAACAGCAUGGAAGCGAUAACGGAUUCCGCCCAUCGAAAUGGCAGGAGAAGUUAAAGCGACCAAAAUCUCAAUACCAAGGAAAGAAGCCUCAAUACGGCCCACCCAAGGCUCAUCAUAAAGCACCGAAGGCUCAAUACAGCCCACCAAAAGCUCAUCAUCAAAAGCCAAAAUCCCAGUAUGGCACACCUAAGGCUCAUGGUCCACCAAAGUCAUCUUAUAAGGCCUCAGCUUACAGGCCUCCUAAAGCUCAACACAUCCCACCAAAGUCUCAGUAUGGUCCACCAAAGGCUGAGUAUGGCCCACCAAAGGCUGAGUAUGGCCCACCAAAAGCUGAAUCCAAACCGGCCAAGAGUCAUCACAAACCCUCCAAGGGUAAAUACAGUCCACCAAAGGCUACAUAUAAUGCCCCAUCUUACAACUCUCCGGCUCCAGCAUACAGCUCACCAUCCUACAGCCCUCCAGCUCCAGCAUACAGCCCUCCAGCUCCAGCAUACAGCCCUCCAGCUCCAGCAUACAGCCCUCCAGCUCCAGCAUACAGCCCCCCAGCUCCAGCAUACAGCCCCCCAGCAUACAGUCCUCCGUCUUACAGCCCACCAGCAUACAGUCCUCCGUCUUACAGCCCGCCAUCCUACAGCCCGCCAUCCUACAGCCCGCCAUCCUACAGCCCGCCAUCCUACAGCCCGCCAUCCUACAGCCCGCCAUCCUACAGCCCAUCAACACCAGCUUACGGCCCAUCAACACCAGCUUACGGCCCAUCAACACCAGCUUACGACCCAUCAACACCAGCCUACAGUCCACCAGCGCCAGCUUACAGUCCGCCAGCUAACAGCCCUCCGUCUUACAGUCCGCCAGCUUACAGCCCACCAUCUUACAGUCCGCCAGCUUACAGCCCACCGUCUUACAGUCCGCCAGCUUACAGCCCACCGUCUUACAGUCCGCCAGCUUACAGCCCACCGUCUUACAAUCCUUCACCUGCUCCAUCUUAUCCUUCUCCUGCACCCGAAUACAGUCCUUCACAAGCAGCUGAAGUACCAGAAUCUAGCUAUUCUACAAGUUACGAACCCAACUUCCCACCAUUAUCACAGGGAUCGGAAUACGAGAGGCCGCAACCAGAAUAUGAACAGCCAUCCUACAAUCCACCACCGUACGAGUCUCCCAGCUAUUUCCCAAGCGAGGCACCAUACCCUCCCCCUGCCUACACCGAAGCCCCAAUUUACCCUACUCCUAAUUACGAUGCACCAGCUCAGACAGAAGCUCCCUACUCUCCUCCACAGGACCCCAGCUACGAAUUGCCAGCAUACGUUCCUCCUGCCUACACCGAACCCCCAACCUACACCGAAGCACCAGCCCAUACCGAAGAACCAGCUUACUCUCAACCACCCCAGACCGACGCUCCAUACUCCCCUCCAUCGGAAUACGACGUCGUCGAUCACACCGAGCGUAGCGAGUAUCAAAAUAGCCCAGCAUCUCAUGAGCCUAGCAACCACGGCUUCUUUAGCAGUAACGAUUUCCCUGAUUUUGACGACUUUUUCAAAGAUGUUUUUAGAGGAUAAAAACGUGCUCAAAUCACUUGCAAGUAUCAAGCACCGUGACCUAUUCGUUUAGACAAUUUAACUUAAAUUCACUUAACCAGUACUAACUGUUGUACCAUUUCCAGGCAGGCCCUAUUAAGUUUUUCCUUUCCCUCAUAUUUGAUGAUGUACAUAUAAUUUCAAUCAGUCGAUAUUGUUGUUACAAUCUAAUAGAGGUUAAUCGCAAAAACAGCUUAUCGUAUAAGACUAAGGCGCUUGCUCCUUAUGUAAACCCUUAGAAAUUCUAAAAAUACAUGGAAUGAAAAAGAAAA